CAGCAGUAAGAUAGUAGUAAAUGGGGAAAAAGACAGGGAGUUAUCUCCCAGCGAAGAUGGCGAUGACAAGAAAAGGGAUGCCGAGGUUGUGUUCAUUCAAGACUUGGGUUUCACCGUCAAGAUUGUUAGUCCUGGGGCUGAACCUUUGGACAUUCAGGUGUCAAGUAUGGAGCUAGUUCAGGAAAUUCAUCAAGUGUUAAUGGACCGAGAGGACACUUGUCACAGAACGUGUUUUUCACUGCAACUCGACGGUGUUACUUUGGACAACUUUGCGGAAUUGAAAAAUAUUGAAGGAUUGAAAGAGGGAUCUAUUAUUAAGGUUGUGGAAGAACCGUAUACGAUGCGCGAGGCUCGCAUUCACGUGCGUCACGUUCGCGAUCUUCUAAAGUCGACCGAUCAUACGGACGCUUACGCUGGCCACGAGUGUUCUUCGCUUGCUUUUCUGAAUAUUGUCACCCAGGGUGACAUACUUGAAAAGAAAAAGUCCCGUCCGGAAAGCGUAGAUUGCACUCCACCAGACUACAUAAUGCCAGGUAGUACUGAGAGACCGCUGUUGCCUCUUCACCCGGGUCUCACUAAGGAAAAUAAGGCCCCGCAAUGCUUGAAGGUGUUAACCACAUCCGGGUGGAACCCUCCGCCUGGACCUCGCAAGAUGUGUGGUGACCUGCUGUACCUCCACGUAGUCACACUCGAGGACCGCCAUUUCCACAUCACGGCGUGCCCCAGAGGAUUCUACCUUAAUCAAUCCACCGAAGAAGUUUUCAACCCCCGGCCAUGCACCCCGCCUCUACUGUGCCACUCCCUGAUCGAACUUCUCAGCAUUGUGUCCCCUGCGUUCAAGCGGAACUUCAGCCUGGUGCAAAAACGCCGCAUGCAGAAGCAUCCCUUCGAAAGGGUCGCCACGCCUUAUCAAGUUUAUCAAUGGUCUUCGCCGAUGUUGGAACAUACUGUUGAUGCAAUUCGAGCUGAAGACACAUUCUCUUCAAAACUGGGUUACGAAGAACACAUACCAGGCCAGACUCGCGACUGGAACGAGGAGCUUCAAACCACCCGUGAGCUGCCACGUGCGACUCUACCUGAGCGAUUGCUGCGUGAAAGAGCUAUUUUCAAGGUCCACAGCGACUUUGUAGCAGCGGCGACGCGCGGCGCAAUGGCCGUAGUUGACGGCAACGUGAUGGCGAUCAACCCCGGCGAAGAGCCCAAGAUGCAGAUGUUCAUCUGGAACAAUAUCUUCUUCUCACUCGGCUUCGAUGUCCGCGACCAUUACAAAGACCUCGGUGGUGACGCCGCUGCUUUUGUUGCUCCUCGCAACGACCUUCAAGGUGUCCGCGUCUACAGCGCCGUAGAUACGCCUGGCCUCCAUACCCUCGGCACGGUGGUGGUGGACUACCGCGGCUAUCGAGUGACGGCCCAGUCCAUAAUACCCGGUAUAUUGGAGAAGGAGCAAGAACAGAGUGUUGUGUACGGAAGCAUCGAUUUUGGUACCACUGUUCUAAGUCAUCCGAAGUAUAUGGAAUUGCUAAGCAAAGCAGGACAGCAACUAAAGAUAAUGCCGCACUCAGUGAUCAGCGCGAAUGGCGAAACAGUUGAGUUGUGUUCCAGCGUUGAGUGCAAGGGAAUAAUAGGAAACGACGGCCGUCACUACAUUUUAGACCUGCUACGUACCUUCCCGCCUGAUGUUAACUUCCUUCAAUUGGAAGAUGACGAACUCAGAGAGGACAUAAAGUCAAUGGGAUUCCCAAUAAUACACAAGCACAAGCUCUGUUGCCUUAGACAAGAAUUGGUAGACAGUUUUGUCGAAGCUCGUUACUUCAUGUUCAUUCGAUACGCGGCCUUCCAUUUACAACAAUUAAGUGCUAAACGGCAACAAAAUAAAGAACAACAAAAGUCCAUUGAAGCUAAUAAAGACGAGUCUGAGAAACGAGAAAAAGAUAAGAAACAGAAGAGAGAAAAAGAUAGUGCCAAAAAGGAUGAAACUGAUAGUGACAAAUCUGACGAAAAGGAAAAGACCAAAGAGGAGGAAUUGCUUUCAAACGAAAAUUAUUCAGACAUUGACACCGAUGUGGCUAAGAAGAUCGUUGAAAGCAUAACAGAUUCAAUUUGCAGCGGUGAAAAACAGGAAACUGAUUCCGGCGAGCGUUCCCGCGCAGUAGUAGCAGCAGCAGCUCGCGCCGUGGCGUCACUCAAGGAGUCUGAAUUCGACGUCCGCUUCAACCCGGACGUGUAUUCACCGGGCAUCAAACACGCGGCCUCCCCCGAACAGCUCGCCAAACAACGACAUCUCGUCAAGGAAGCCGCUGCCUUCGUGCUCACCACGCAGAUACCAGCUUUUGUCCGCGAAUGUUUAGAGCACACAUCAGCACCAAUGGACGGUGCCGGGCUAACCGAAGCCUUGCACGCUCGCGGCAUCAAUGUGCGGUAUUUGGGACGUGUCGCGUUGGCGCUCAAGCCCCAUGCUCAGCUGUCCUACCUUCAUGGCAUCGCUGUGGGAGAGCUCGUAUUGCGUUCGGCCAAACACGUUUAUACUACGUAUCUGCAGGGCAGCGACGCAAUGUGCACCGGUGCAGCAGUGGCACAUUUCCUGAACUGCUUAUUAGGCGCGUGCGCAAGUCCCGCACCUUCAGCGUGUGAGGCGCCGGCGCCCGCGCGGGGCGGCGGUCGCGGGGGCAGGGGGCGCCGCUCCAAGCGACCGCAACCCCCCGCUUCUCCGCACCCGGAGUGGCAGAACCUCACGCCCAAAGCACUCUUCUCUCAGAUACGUCAUGAACUCAAGGCAUACUGGGGUUACGAACUUCAGUCCGACAAUAUGGAAUCUAUAAUAGAAAAGCAUGGAUUACAGAAAAUAUCGCUUCUCAGAUCGUUCGCACUCAAAGUAGGCCUCCAAAUGUUACUACGUGAAUAUGACUUCGACAAUAAGAAUAAGGCCACCUUCUCCGGGUCAGAUAUCAUGAACAUUUUCCCUGUCGUUAAACAUAUCAAUCCUAGGGCAUCAGAUGCAUACAACUUCUACACAACAGGUCAAAACAAAAUACAAGCAGGUGCCGUCACUGAAGGCCACGAACUUAUAGCUGAGGCUUUGAAUCUUCUCAACAAUGUAUAUGGAGCUAUGCACGGAGAAAUUGCGCAAUGUCUCCGCAUGGUGGCGCGACUGUGCUAUGUGACUGGCGAACAUAGAGACGCUAUGGCGUACCAACAAAAAGCAGUGCUUAUGUCCGAACGAGUAAACGGAGUGGAUCAUCCUUAUACUAUUACUGAAUACUCGCACUUAGCGUUAUACUGCUUCGCGAAUGGGCAAGUGAGCACGGCAUUGAAGUUACUAUAUCGCGCCCGUUACUUAGCACUCCUGGUCUGCGGGGAAAACCACCCCGAAAUGGCGUUGCUUGAUAGCAACAUCGCACUUAUCCUCCACGCAGUAGGCGAAUAUGAACUCUCUCUUCGCUUCGCCGAGACAGCCCUCGCGGUGACUAGUUCUUCCCAUGGACCUCGUUCAUUGAAGGCGGCCGUCGCUCGUCAUUUGUUAGCUCGGACGCUCUCAUGUUUAGGAGACUUUAGAGCUGCGUUGCAGCAUGAGAAGGAGACCUAUUCUAUUUAUAAACAACAGCUGGGCGAAAAACACGACAAGACACGCGAGUCAUCAGAAUGCUUGCGGCACCUGACGCAGCAGGCCGUUGUGCUGCAGAAGCGAUUGACCGAAGCGUAUGCGCGCGCGCCGCACACUGCGCCACAGCCGCCUCCUCUGCACAUCCAGCCGCCCGGAAUGGCCUCCGUCAUCGACAUGCUCAAUCUCAUUAAUGGCAUACUCUUUGUGCAGAUCAGUCCCCAAGAUAUCGAGCAAUUCAAAGCAGAGAUAGAAAAAAGACAGUUAAAAGACUUACCAAUCCCGCAAGAAAUGGAACAGUUCAAAGCAUUGAAACACUUACCCGGCCCGCAAGAUAUGGAUCAGUUAAAAGCAUUGAAAGACUUACCCAUCCCACAAGACAUAGAACACUUCAAAGCAGAGUUAGAAAAAAGAGAUUUUAAAGACUUGCCCACACUGGAUGACAUAGAGCAAUUGAAAGCAGAGGUAGACAAAAGAGAGAUGACAAACUUGUCCAACCCGCAGAAUAUCGAACAAUUCAAAUUACAGUUUGAAAAAACAGAUUUGAAAGACUUGCCUAUUUCCGUGCUGACGGAGAUGGGCAAAGGCGACAAAGAGCAGGAAGGGGGUAAGGAACCAAAGCAGCAAGUGAAGAGUUGAAAGCGCAGUGUGGAAUCGCUCGCCGCGGCCGGUUGCAAGGACUCUGUGUAGUGAUAUCGCCUCACCGCACACCUUCCGCUACUAUUGGACAUUUAUUCUAACCAUCGUUACUUUAUAACUAUUGAUUGAUGAUAUUGUUCCUUAUUCUAUGAAUGUAUGCCGUAGUUGGUAGUGUGCUAAGGUUUAAUGUAGGAUUUUUUUGUUAGUCUAAUUCUGCGGAUAUUAUUUUGAUCAAAUAAUUAAGAAAUUAUUUUAUAAAUUAUCGCUGAGUGCAAUAGUCUACUUACAUGUUAUUUCCGUACUUCGCUCAAUUCACGCAGAUGUAGGUAUAAUUUGAUGCUUCCAAUGGGAACCCACUGUUAUAAGCCCAUAGUAGUGCAAUUCACGUAGUGAUAAUAGCAAUAAGUUUUGGUUGUGAACCUAAGGCCGUGUGCUCGUUGCUAAGCAGUGUUGAGGCGAAAUUUAACAGAAACUACAAACCACCGUUAAACGUUUGCGUUGCGAAGGUAGUCAAUACUUUUCUAUUGAACUACUAAGUAAAUAAACUAAUUAGUAGUUUGUGGAUAGGCCUACAUGCUCGACGGCAGUGUUGGGCUAAAUGUAGUUUACUACAAACUACUUUUUUAUAUUUUGUAGUUACAAUUAAAUUUUGCCUAACACUGUCGCUAAGUUAUGGUACUGGUGCUACUGCCAAUUUGUCCUUCGUAGAUGUAUAUGAUUUUAUGAAUUGUUAUAGUCGAGUAUUAUUUCGUUUUUAAUUAGUGCGGGAGUAUACAUAAUGUUGAAAUACCUAAUAGUCGUAGAAUAAAGGUUAUAUUGUGAUUGAAAUGUAACAGAAGAAUAGCUCGUUUAUAACUGGUCGGUAUGUCCAAACGCAUGUAUGGAGCCGCAGGUGCCCGUUGCAGAAACACUGCCUUCGAUCUUAGUUUUUCGGUGUUAGUGUGAUUAGUGCCAUAAUGAGUAGUGAAUUAAGUCCUUUUUAUAAUAUUUCUGUUAGUCUGUGAUAUAGAAAGUUGUAUCAUCGUGUUAUGGUUUUAACAGUGGAAGGAAGCUACACAUCACAAUUUUAGUGCUGUUUUGUACCGUGUAUAGAUUGUACUGUCGUUAAAUUUAAGUGCCGGUUGUGUUCUAUAAAGCUAAUGAAUUAUAGCUUGUUACGAAUGUUAUUGUAUAGAACAUGAACGUUACUUCGUUGAACAAAAAAAAUUGCAAUAAAAAAUGCCUUACCAUUAAUGUCAUAAGUUAACAUUUGUCAGUAGCGCCAAGUGAACAAAUUAUAUGCAAUGGAUACCGAAUUAACAAUUGUUAAAGUUUUUACCAUAGAUCAAUAUUUCGUUAUGCACAGCUGUCUGUGUAAAAUAUAACUUGCAAAUGGCAUCGAAGACAUUAUCUUUUUUGCAUGUUGUUUUUCAGAUCGAUUGUUUUUUUUUUUUUUCGAUGUA